AACAUAACUCUGUUUUCAUGUGUAAUAUCUUAUGUUUAGGGUAUUAUGUAUAAUUUUCACUUGGGCCUAUUUCUUCAUGAAUGAAACAAAACAAAUCCAGGCCCAAGUCUUUCCUAUUCCUAUAUGUAUCCUGCCCAUUUAUAUUUAAAUGUUUCCCAAAAUAACCCUGUUUCAUUGUAAUGCUUAAUGUUUUAUGUGUUGGGUGCUAAAAAAAACGUGUCUUUUCAUGUACGCAUUAGCUGCCUCUCGUAAGGUGAUGUGCAAACAGUGACUAACCAGAGUCCGAUAUUACUGAUAAGCUCUUGUAGAAGAAACCACACCUCUGCUGCAUGUGGCCACAUCCUGUUGAGGAUGUAGGUUCUUGCCUCAGCUGCAGUGUUAUCAGCUCGCUCUGCUCCUCCACAGCUGCUCUACAGGUGACUGCACGUCGACAGCAUGGCUAAAGUACUGCAUGCUAUUCUUAUUUUAAUCAUCGCUUCAGGCUCUUCUCUAUUAGCCUUAGAUGGGACAACAAAGCCUCCUUCAGCAGUAUCUGCUGGGUCUGAGUCUUCUCCUUCAACACUGACCACAACAGCUAAUACAAAAGCUGAUAACAGUUUAUCCUCACAAGCAACCACUCAAACCUCUGUUUCAUUUCCAAAGUCGACUCAUACUCCUACUGCAAGCACAGCCACCACGACUUCACCCCAUCAGUCCAACAGUUCAGAAACAACCACCCAUUCAAAUGCGACUGGACAACAUACAGCGUCAGUCACAACUUCACAUGCAGGCAAUGGCAGUGUAUCCGAGCAGUCAACAAUAAAAACAACACAAGUGUCUAGAAACGACAGCACUGGAACUACCGUGCUGAAGACAACCAAUCUGCUGUCUACUAAACACAGCGAAACAACUUCAACAACAAAAAAAGUGGACACAACCACUGCCUCAGCUUCGCAGGGAAACAGUUUGGCGAUGAAUCCAGGGCUCGUGGCUGUCCUGUGCAUUUUCUUCAUAGUUCUGGCUUUGGUGCUCGUGGUUGUGAUUGCUAAGGUCAUCACUGCCUUCAGGAAGCCGAAGUUUGAAAGGCUGGAUGAUUUACCUAUGGGCAAGAUAAGUGAGGAUGCGCCAUUUGCCCGAUACCCACCAAAAUAGAGGAGCUUCUGAUCAAAUUCACUGAAAAUGGCACAAGUAUACAUAUUUAAAGAGGUGCUGUGCUGCUUCAUUGAAAAAAGAAGAGACAUUGCUGUGCUGUGGAGCACAGUUAAUAUGUUCAACAUGUUUGAAAAAGUAGAAAUGACCCCUGAGUUUUUACCCAACACUUUCUUACACACGUUUUAUUCAAAUGUGUUUAUUAUUUCAUAGUAUGCACUGC